AAUAAUUGAAAUAAAUAUAGUUGACAUAACAAUAAUUAAGACAGAUUACCUUAAGAAAUAUGUUUUCAAGAACCUAUAUGUUUAAAAAACUUGAUAAAUUUAUUAGAAUAAAACAACAUAAACUGUACACCGUACAAAUAUGCCAACAUAAGAUUCAUAAUGGAAAUACGUCCAUUUCAUCAAAUUCUACUGAACAUCAAUUAUCGAUAGAUUCAAAGAAAACAGUUAAAAAUAAAUUUUUAACACCAAUUUAUCAUAAUGGAUUAGUAUCAAAUAUAAAUAACAGGACUCGUAAUCAUGUAUUGAAUAGUGUAUGUUAUAUGAGUACUGUUAGUACUAACAAUGCAGCAGAUAUCUUAAAAUCUAUCAGCAGUUUACCAGAAAUACCGAAACCUCCUACAGUAUCAACAAAUGAAACGACAGCAGAUUUACUCGAAGCAACCACUAACUUAACGACACAAACAAUAGACGCACUAAAAGAACCAUCGUUUGAGAGUUUGGGUCUUGGUGGUUGGACUCCAGUCGGAAUGGUACAACAAUGUUUGGAAUAUUUACAUAUUGGCUUAGAUGUUCCGUGGUGGCUAACAAUUGUCAUAGGUACAAUGUGUGUAAGAAUAUUAAUAUUCCCAUUGGUAAUAAUUGCUCAACGAAAUGCGGCUAUUAUGAAUAACCAUAUGCCAAGAUUACAAGAAUUACAAGUAAAAAUGUCAGAAGCGAGACAGUCCGGUAAUAAUUUAGAUGCAGCACGAUAUGGACAAGAAAUGAUGGUAUUUAUGAAAGAAAAAAAAUUAAAUCCAUUAAAAAAUAUGCUUGUACCAUUAGCACAGGCACCCCUUUUUAUAUCAUUUUUUAUGGGCUUACGUGGAAUGGCAAAUGUACCUGUUGAUAGUAUGCGUUAUGGUGGAUUAUUUUGGUUCACUGAUUUAACUUUACCAGAUCCAUUUUACAUAUUACCAGUUAUAACCAGUUUUACUAUGUGGGUUACAAUUGAGGUUGGUACUGAUGCUGCCAGAUUAUCCUCUCAAAAUUUACAAACAAUGCGUUAUGUAUUAAGAGCGCUACCAGUUAUUAUUAUACCUUUUACAAUAAAUUUCCCUGGAGCAAUAUUAUGUUACUGGGUAUCAACAAAUUUUAUAUCAUUAUUACAAGUUGGAUUUUUACGUAUACCAUCUGUACGAAGUUAUUUUAAUAUUGAUCCAUUAGUUACACAUAAUCCAGAAAAUUUACCUGUUAAACCAAAGCCAUUUGUUGAAGGAAUGAAAGAAUCAUGGCGUAAUAUGAAAAUUGCUAAAGAAUUAGAAGAACGUGAAAGAUUUGACGAUAUGCAAUUUCAACGAGCAGGACGUGGUCCAAUAAUUAAAACAUAUAAAUUCGAUCCCACAAAAGUGAGUGGUCCACCAGUGACACCACCAACAAAAAAAUAGUUUUCAAUUUUGUAUAUAUGUUAUUAUUUAUG